GUGCAGGUGCGGGUGCGUGUAUAGUAUAGUACGGGACGCGAAGACGUGGGUCUGAACGAAAUAGGUGUGCGAAGUUGGCGACACGGUUCCAUUGGUGUCGAUAGUUGCAGAAUGGACGGUAAUACGGAUCCACCGUCGGACGUGACAGCAAUGGAUAGUGAGAAUAAUGAAAGAUCAAAGACUCAACAAAAUUCUAAUGAUAUGACUAAUACUGCAUCAUCCGGGACGACUACCUCUAGUGCCACAUAUUCUACGACGCAAUCCGAUCAACCAACAGAAUAUUGCAGUCAACGCUCAAUAAGAGCUGGCUCAGUUUCUCCACUCCCUACAAAUUCCUCCUCGUUGUCUUCUUCGUCGUCAUCAUUAUCGUCCUCCUCCUCCACAUCGCCACUGCAGCCGGGGUGUGGCUGCGUUGCUGCCACUGUCCUCGAACCUGACGAAAUUACUAUCAGCAUCACGCCGACCACUGGUGGACAAUUUGACCUUACAGUCGAUCGCACUGAUACUGUUGAGAACCUUAAGAAGAUCAUCUCAAAGAGGCUGAAGGUCGCAAAGGAACGUAUUUGUUUACUACAUCGUGAAAGACAAUUGCGCGAGGGAACACUUGAGGAAAAUCGUUUGCAAGAUGGCAGUCGACUCACAUUGCUUCCAAGUGUAGAAACUGGCCUAUUAGCACAACGACCGGAACAAAGUGUGAUGCAAGCGCUAGAGAGUUUAAAUGAUUCUCAAGUGAACGAUUUCCUUUCUGGCAAAGCCCCUUUGAAUCUUACCAUGCGAUUGGGGGAUCACAUGAUGUUGAUACAAUUACAAUUAUCCACUGUAACUCCGGCCUCACCAACAGCCAAUCAGACAACUAAUAAUACAACCGGAUUAACUAUCGGUGGAAAUAGUUCCAAUGGAUCUAACUUAUCAACCAACCAUGUUUCAACUUCUUUGCAAAGUAGACGAUCUACUGUCUUGGCUGCACGUUCUACUAAUAAUACUGCGAAAUUACAAAGUGGUACUGCAGCUGCGAGGACAUCUUCUUUGAUAAGCAGUUUGGCUUCAGCAUUACAUGCAGCAGCCAGUUGUAGUACCAGUCUCUCGACAGCUACUACUACAACCAAUCCAGUUUGUUCGAGUCGCGCUACAACUGUUUCUUCCAUUUCGUCGUCGUCCUCGUACUCGCCAAUUAGUCCUCCACAUUCGUCUCUUUGCGCUAAUCAACCACCAUCCGCUCGAAAUAGUAGCAGCCAUGGUUCAAUGUCGUCUAAUGGAAAUUCUAAUGCCUGUCAAUCUUGCCUUUUAUAUCACCAUCAUCAUCAUCAUCAUCAUAGUCAUCAUCAUCACCAUCACCAUCAUCAUCACCAUCAUCACUCAAGAAAUAAACCUAUCAGUUUAUCCAGUAGCAAUCAAUCUCUUUCAUCCUCUAUGGACCAUUUGCAACAAUCUACCUCUACAGGACACGGAUGUAUAGAAUCAAUAUCCUAUGAUAUGACCCCGCCGAGAAAAAAACUCUGUCCUGCUCAUCAUCAUGGUCAACAAUCUAAUGAAGAAGACUCCUCCAGAAGUAAUAUAGUGGAUGGCGACAUCAAUCCCCAAAGUCCUACUUCUUCAUUAACUGAACAAAAUUCGAAGGCUGCAACUUUAGACACCAGGGCGCUAGCUGAAGCUUCUCGUAACUUGACGCAGAAACUGAAGCAACUCUCCUCUGAGGUACUCACCUCACGGGUCGACCUCGCAGAGGAAAAUGCGAGACGCAGACAAGGUGCAAUAAUAGAGAGUAUGCAUCAUCAUGGGAAAGGUGUAUAUUCUGGUACAUUUAGUGGGACUUUGAAUCCAGCUCUUCAGGAUAGACAUGGACGUCCUAAACGAGAUAUAAGUACCAUUAUUCACAUUCUUAAUGAUUUGUUAUGUGCUACACCAGCUGCCACUGCAGGUCAUUAUAGGCAUCAUCAUAGGCAUACUAGCAAUCGUCAACAGUCAUCAACCUCUCCGUCCUCAACUGGACUGACAACUAAUGUGAAUGGUGCCUCUACAUCUAUUGUUGGUUGUCACAAUUCCUCUAAUCCUGGUUAUUCUACUGAAGAAUUAUCGAAAGAAAAUGAAGCAACUAAAGGAAAAAUGAGACGUCUACGAUUAGUAAUGGAACAACGACGUGCUAGAAGAAAAGCUAGAAGACAAGCUGGGGCAGCACCAUAUACUACACAAUGGGCGGCGGUAACACCAGAUCCAGAUCCAAACCAUGAUCCAAACACAUCAAGUACCACUGCAAAUGCAACAGAACCUCAAAACGAGCCAGACUUGCAACCUUGUAGUCCUGAACCAGUUGUAGCUUGAACAUGUGAUUUAACAAAGAGUAGUAAUUAUAUAAUGUAAAUCCAAUUUUUAACUAGCGCACUGAAGAGCAAAUGGACAGAUUCUAUCGCUUUUCACAACAUAUAUUUGCUUUUUUACAUUGAAAAAAAUUCAUUUUGAAUCAACUAUGAACCAUUAAUUUUAUUUAUAUAAAAAAAAAAUUAAAAAAUUGAAGUUAUUUUAAUUACAUUUAAAAAGAUUGGGCAUAUUAUCUUAUUCUCAACAUAUGAAAUAUUGCAAUGAAAAUGAAGAAAUUCUUGUUGAAAAUUGUAAGCUAUAAUUGUAUAUAUAUAAUAUUCUUUUUUUCCAUUUUCAGUAUUGUAUAUGAUAGAUACAUCUCCAAUUCAAAUAUAUAUUUAAAAUAUUUGGAUUUUGAUUAAAAAAAUUCAAAAAUUGCAAAAAUCAUAGCAAUAUUAUCUGACAAAACAAUGUGCAAUGUUAUGCAUGAUAGAGAAAUUAUCAAAUAGAAAUUUAAUAGAAAAGGAAAAUUCUCAAAAAUAAUUAAACUGCAUUAAAGAAUUGUUUUGUCUAUUACUCAGGACUUGAUCAUAGCUGACAAUAAUUAUACUCGAUGAAUGAAUCAAUGUAGCCAGCACAUAAUAAAAAAAAAAAUUGACGAAUGAAAAUGGAAAAGAAAAAAAGAGUUUAAUAUAGAACAAUUUUGAUAGAUUUUGAAGAAUCAGAAAGGAUUCGUCACUUUGAUCAUUGAUUAUCACUUCCUGUCGGUAUCGAUAUAUACUCAAGUUCAGUAGACACAAGUAGAUAAUUUUACUCGUAUAUUUCCGCGAAUUGCAGGAAAGACUGUUACAAAAGCAAUUACAUAUUUGCUCAUGAUUGAAAACUUCGAAAAUUAUUAUUAGAAAGAAAAAAAUUCUUUUUUUUCUUUUUUUCUUUUUUUUUUGUUACAAAAAAAUUUUUUUUCUGUAGACUGAUUGAACUGUAUCAUUAACCUCUAUAAAUAAAGUGCACUUUGUGAUCACUAACAUAUUCAUAAACUUUUAUCUAUCAAUAGAAAGAUGAAAUAAAUCAUUUUUUCUUUAUAUAUUUAUUAAGAAAUAAAAAAUAUCUUUGAAUAAUGAUAUUCAAUCUUCAUGCUUAAUGUAUUAUCGAUAAAAUCUAACCUGCGAUACCGAUCAAUCAGUUCAUAUUUUAAUAAUCUCAUUAGUUCUAAUGAGUUUAAAAUGGGAAUAAAUUAGAUUUUUAACUUGAGAUACUGACUUAUAAUUUUGAUUAUUUUAUUCAAAAAUUAUAAUCAUUAUAAUAUUUGACAAGAAAAAAAAAAGAAGAAAGCGGAAAUUUGAAGCACGUGAAAAAAUGGUCCUAUAAUUAGAAUUAGAUAAUCCUAUCGUAUGGCUUCAAAGCCAAAAUUCAUUUAAGUUUUAUUAGGUACUAAAUAAUAUAAUAUCUGAUAGUGUUCUAAGUUACUUAGGAAAAAAAAAUAUUACUAUUAUUAUAUUAUUAUCAUUAUUACAGCUGCAGUUUUAUAAACUGGCUCAAUAUUGUAACAUAUGAUUAUCGAAUUUUAUCGAAUACCAAAAUAAAUAAGAUUGCUUGCUAAGCUACAAAAAAAAAA